AGGCCCUGCCGCUGUGAUGGUGGGGUCUGAUAUAUAUAUGUGUAAGCAACACUAAGGUUACAGUAAAACCUGACUAUAUCGGACCAAAAUAUUUGAUCAAUCAAAUCCGAUAUAAAAAUAAUUUCGAUAUGGAUAAAUAUAUAUAAAAAUCCGAUAUCCUUUUAAAAACAUACUGUACCCGUAUAACCAGUAUUCCGGUAAACCCACUCCGGUAAACCCACUCCGGUAUACUCAGUUCCUACCGUAUAUCCGACUCCGAUGUCCGACUCGACUGCGGAAUAAUAGCCGACCUCCACUCUUGAUGUACGCUAUAUCAUCUUACGAUAUAUAGGUCGGAAAGGGACUGAAAUGUGUAAAAGUUAAUCAAACCUUCUCACCUCGAACAUCAAUUGAAAAUUCUGUUGGUCAUCAUGGUUCUCAAAGUUGAGGUUUGUAACGAUGAUGAUAUGCAUCGGGUAUUCGAGAUAUUUUGCCAGGCAUUUGGUGCCAAACAUCCCAUGAUUGAGGCUGUUUAUCCAAAUCAUGAUACUCCAGCUGGCCGGCUCGCUGGGGCAAACCGAAUGUUGGAAACUAAGAAUAAAGACCCUCACACAACAUUUCUUAAAGUUGUGGAUACGGACACGGGCGUCAUGAUUGCCAAAGCCAAAUGGAAUAUUUGGAAGGGUGUCAUCCCACCGGAAAAAGCUCUGGAUGGUGAUUACUGGGAGACUGAAGAGGAGAAGGAAUGGGCUCAACAUAUGAUUCGAGAUUUUUUGAUUAAACGUCAAACAGCCAUCAAAGAAUCUGGAGGCCAUUUAGUUUGUAAGACUAUCUAUUGAGUUGUUGCUUGAGUUUUGCUGACCUAUGAUUAAAGCUUUGGAUAUCCUUGCUGUCGAUCCCGCUUAUCAGCGUCGAGGAGCAGGUCGACUUUUGGUGAAAUGGGGAACUGCAAUCGCCGAUGAGCUUGGAUACGUGGUAUGUACAAUCUGACGACGAGCUACCACCUGAACCCGUACUUUCAUGGGCAAACUGAACUGACAUGAAUGCAAUUUAGGCUAUAGUUGAAGCUUCUGAGGCCGGUCGGCCACUCUAUGAAUCCGAGGGCUUUGAAUAUGUCGAGCACUGUACAACGAAUAUACCAGAAAAAUGGGCCGGCCGAAAAGGAGAAGGAUUUUUAUGGAUGGUGAGGCCAGCGAAGAAGUUGUUGAAUUGAGCACAUUCGACGACAAGUCUUCAGAUCUCGUCUGAGCUCUCAAUGAAUCGAAUAUGUAUUAGAAUGUAAUCCAUCAGAACCUCAUCGAAGUCUUGCGCUGCAGGUUUUAAUGGAAUCUAAAAAUAUAAUAAGACAGGCUUGUCUAGAACGCAGAGUAUUUGUGUGAAAUAGAACUGUGGCGAGUGGUAGGCCCACGUGUUACAAGUUUCUGAUCACCAGCCACUUUAUCCAGAAGCAAUAUGUUUAAGGACCUGUUGAGCGAAUCAUUUCACCAAAAGAAGCCAUCAUAUUCUAUUCGAUCUCAAAUAGGAAAUCCUUUUUUACGUCGUUGUAGGGAUCAGAGGACCAUUCCUGCCAUAUCAUAAAAUAAAUAAAAAAUUCUCCGCUUAUCUUC